AUGGCGUUGCCAUCUGCGUCAAUCACGUUUUUAUCCCUGAGUCAUGGGCGGAAAAUCGUUAUCAUACUAUCACACGGUCAUACCACUGAUGCAUUGGAGGGUCUUGGAAGCCAUGAUGAGCUAGUCGCUGCACGCGUUCUCAUGAUGGUGGCGUUACGCAAGUCGCAUGUCGCCUCACAUGGAUCAAAGGACAUGUUUGGUGAUCUCCCAUCCGCCGCAAACCGAGAAUACCAGUCCAUAAAGCCAAAGUUUACUUCAACAUACACUGAACCCGAUCGUCAUUCCGUGUGGGGCAAGGACAUGUGUGCAACCCAUUAA